AUGGAGGUCAUAGUCCGCAAUCUCGAUCAGCAUAUGACCGAGUCAAGGGUCGAGAAGUUCUUCAAACCUAUUCUGAAAUCAUAUGGCAUCGACCAUUUUCACUGUCAGAAGCUCAAGGCCAAAGGGUGUGCCACUUUUACCGUGCUCGACCCUCUCAAGUGUCAACGAUUCCUGUAUUUUCACGGGCAAGUACAGCCUGGGAGAAAAGGCUUUAAUGCCGUCAGGCGCAAGUUGUUCAUCCAAAAGAAUCCAGUCAAUUGCAUGGUCAGCACUAACGCGCCUAAUGAAUGGAUCGUCUUCGCUCUCAGGAAGGAGGAAAGCGAUCGUCACGCGGCAUUAAGUCGCAAAGCAUUGACCCCGGGUAAGGUCGAGAGCCGGUCUGAAGUCUUAAGACCACGAGCCUUUGACAUCAGCCGGAUGCAGGUUGGGCAGCUAUGGUAUUCUGGUGGUAACUUAGUAUUCUCCGAUAACUACGCCGACCACCGCACUGGUCGAAUCAUUUUCGGCAGCCGCUCUCUUCUCAUCAAACUCUGGCCCAUGCAACCAGGUCAAGCUCAUUAUCAGCUGCAAAUUUGGUACGAUAGUAUAGAGUCAUUUGUCGUCGGAGACAACUGCGUCACCCUCUCAUUAAUACAGGCCCCAAGGCUUUUCGAAAAUCUCGAUGGCGAUAUUUCGCUUGAAGCCAGUCUACGAAAGGCUUUAGGAAUCCAAGCUGGCCCAACAUUCAAACCUAUGCAAUCAUUCAAACGAACACGGCUUUCAGCGCUCAAUGAUAAGCACAGAGAAGUAGUAGCAUCAUGUUUUUGUUACCGACUGACACUCACUAGUCUGACGGACUCUCGUGCAGUGCAAGGGUUGAAAGGCUUUGAGGGGAUCCCCAACAUAGUCAUCUGGAACAUACCCGUCCAGCUCGACAUACCGAUACCCGAGCAAAUGGCUGCUUUGCAGUGCGGCCUAGCAGAGGUAAGGUACGGAGGGGCUAUGCCUUUCGAGGUCAAGUUUCAGCUGCAGAAAUUGGCUCAGAAUACCUACCUCAAGCCAACAAAAGUCAUCGAAUUGUUCCCUUGUGUUCGAUCGCACCUUCGCGAACGUAGCGUGGCUAUCGUAGCAAGUGCCCUGAGACACCUCGCAAGCAGUAUUCCAUUUGCUGGACCGGACGCGGAGGAAGAAAAUUUCAAAGUCAAUACCUUAACUAGUCUUCUACAAAAGAGCAUCGAGUCUGUAUUUGAGGACGAUCCGUAUUCACUAAGGCUAGCAGAAGAGCACGACCACAUUGCGAUGGUUCACAAAGCCUUAGUAACCCCGACCGGUAUAUUCCUUUACGGACCCGAACCUGAGACCAAGAACCGCAUAUUACGAAAGUAUUCCACUCAUCUUGACAAUUUCAUAUCAGUAUCUUUUGUGGAUGAGAACUAUGAGCACUUACGCUUCGAGCGGGAUACGUCGAGUGAAGAUAUCUAUCAGAGGAGAUUUCAAGGCAUACUUGAUGGCUUUAUUACCAUCGCAGGACGCAAUUACGAGUUUCUAGGAUUCUCGCAUUCAUCACUUCGCGGUAAGUCCCUUCCCUUUUAUGACCUGGCGAGGGUUCGUCAACCGGAACAUGGCCACGCCGAAUGGAUGUAG